CCACGGAAGACAUGGAUGUGAUUCUCCCGAAUAACACUACGAACAGUGAAACUGUCUUCUCAUUGGAGAUCCUUUUCUUGGACACACCAUGAGAAAAUGGAAAAGCUAAGUAAAGCAGCAGGGCGCUGCUCAGCAGGGGAAGAACAUGGGAGGGAGGGAACACCUGGCGGACCGCAGUUGCAAAGGUGCUGAAGGCGGGCGGCUUCCGACCUCGAGAACCAAACCCUUCUCGGUUCCGAGUUCCGUCGGACGGCCGCACGAGCCAGGCAGGCAGUGACAACCGGGGAGCCCCGGAGCUCUGGGCAGGAGGAGCGACGUGAUAACCCUCCACGGGAAUGAGGCCAAGGGGGCCAGCCACGCUUCCCGGAGCGGGGAGGAAAUUCCUGAGGCUCUCCUCACCCGUCCUCCGCGAGCUGCGGGAGGCACCGCCCCGCACGGGAAAGGAGGGGCUGCCCACGCCGCCUAGAGCUUCGCAAUCCUGACCCGCACCGAGUCGGGAGGCCGGGGCGACGAAGCCGCCGGGGGAGCGAGCCUCCCCCGGUUCCUGAGAGAGCUGCAGCGAUUCGUGCCAAGGCAUUGGCCAGAAGAGGACUUACGUUGAUUGUCUGCAUUUUGUUCCUAAGAAGAAGCAGUUUACUAAAAGAUAUUUAUUUAGACUAUUAGAAAAUUAUGUGCAGAAAGAGAAUUUAUCUUUUCCCAAGAUCGUGUGCGGGAAAAGGGAGAUGAAUGAUGAAUCACUUCGUGUUUCUGGCAGUAUUGCUACACUUGAAGUCUUGCUGCAUUGCAUACUCACACCAAGAAUCCCUUGUGUUUCCAGUAACAUAUCUUAAUGUUCACAAGGAUCUGGCUCUUCAGCGUCUGCUUGUGGAGUGGGAUGUUGGCAAAUCAGCACACAAUGCUGAGCUGGUAAUGUCUUUUGAAAUACAAGUCCGUCGAGCAGAUGAAGAUAUUGUGUGGACGGAGUUUCUUAAUGCCACACUUGAUAAAUCAGGAAAGCCUCUUCACUGGACAUGGGAUUCAGACUUACCUUUGGAGUGUAUGUCGCACUCAGUAAGAAUCAGAAGCAAAGCAGAAGCAUCAAAAACCUGGAGUCAGUGGAGUCUGUGGGAGACUAUCCCGGGUCUGGAUGCUUCAAAUAUCAGUGAACCAAAAAUCUUUCCAGAUGAAAAAAUUAUAGAGCAAGGCUUUGACAUCAGUCUUUGUUGCGUUGGAAGGAAAGGUCAAAUCAUAAAGGAAUUUUUUUUAAAUUCACCCAUUCCUUACUUCAAUCGCACGAACAGUCAAGUUGGACUUCUCAUUGCAAAGAAUGUGACGUUCAAAGGAGUGCCUCACGUCUUCUGUAGAGAGUCUUGCAGUGAAGUCAAUUGCUUUGCUUAUGCAGUUUUCUUUGUGGGUAGACCACCUGAUACACCUCGUGAUUUUUCCUGCCAAACUCGGAACAUGAGAGAAAUAACUUGUACUUGGGACCAAGGACAAGACACCUACCUUUAUGGAAGUCACUCGUCAAAAUACAAGUUGUCUGAACAGUUUUCCAGAACUUCUGUUCCAUGCACAGUAAAUUGUUCUGAGAGGUGCCUAUGUUCUUGGGAUAUAGGGAAGCAGAGGAUCUAUAAUAUCACACUGACUGUUGAAAACCCACUGGGAAAGAGAACUGCCAUGGAUGUUUUUGAUGUGGCUCACAGAAUUCAUCCGUUACCACCUUUUCAGCUGUGGGAAGAAUACACAGAUGCAGAAAUCGAGUUACACUGGGAGCAAAAGGAAAAGAAAAUUGAACUCUUUUGUCAAGCUGAAGUGAGGCAUCCCAAUGGGAAAGCAAAACUGUACAAUAGUUCAGACACACGACUAUAUCGUAACAGCAUCACCCUCAGUGGCCUGCAGCCCUACACCAGUUACACAGCUAGAGUACGUUGUGGUGCAGCUAAGCAUUUCUGGAGAUGGAGCGAAUGGAGCAAACCCCACUCUUUCAGAACAAAGGAGAAAGCUCCAUCAGGGAAACUGGAUGUCUGGAGAAAAAUUACACCAGCUCUGUGGGGGCGGAACGUUACCUUAUUCUGGAAGCAAGAAGCAGGUUUUCAAGCAAAUGGAGAAAUCAUUUCAUAUGAAGUAACCUGGGAAAGAGCAGACCGAUCUAAGCCUGAACAUAUCUCCCUUUCAUCAGAUUGUAAUAGUACAAGGAUUUUCAUUGACAACCAUCCCUACAGAAUUAGAAUUAUAGCAAGGAACGAUGUUGGUUAUUCACAUCCUACAGUGUUGAUCAUCCCUGCAGCAACAGACACUGAAAAGAAGCUCAAUAAUUCAGAGCUUAAAGAAGAACAUGUUAAUGGUACAGAUGGUGGAAUUUUGAUUUCCUGGAAGCCCAGAGAUAAAUCUGAGAGUUACAUUAUUGAUUGGUGUAACUAUCCAAUGCUGCAGCCUUGUGAUUUGCAGUGGAAGAGAUUUGGACCCAACACUUCCAGUGCUCUGAUCAAAUCAGCUUCUUUUGUUCCCGGGGUGAGAUACAAUUUCCACGUCUAUGCAUCUGCUGCUAAUGGAGCCUCCUUGCUGGAGAAAAAAACCGGUUAUCUUAAGGAGCUUCCUCCUCGAUUUGACCCUGAUGUGAAAAAGGUUGAACUGAGUUAUCAUGAAGUAACACUGCACUGGGAUCCUUACCCCACAGAUGAGAUACACCCUGGUUUCUUAAGAGGUUACCAUGUUUAUGUGUCACCUGUACAAGAGGACUGCAAUUUGAAAGGAUCCAAAAAACAUGUUCUUGCAGGUGGUUCAGUGCUAUGUAAAUUCACAAUUGAAAACCCAGAAGAAAAAACAUACACUUUGAAACACCUGACGGCAAACACAAAAUACAAGUUUGCCAUUAAAGCAUACACAGGCGGAGGAGAAACUCCCAUUAUUAACUUCAGAUACAUUGAUACACCUCUGGACUCAGACAUGCUGUACCUUCUAGUCCCGCUUGUGGUAAUUCCUUCACUGAUAAUGGCUGUAUGCCUCUGGAAGAUGAAGUGGGUGAAGGAUUGCUGCUGUCCUGUGAUUCCUAGUCCUAACAAGAGCAAAGUGCUGUCAUUUGAAGAGUUUAAAAUUGGUUCUGAGAAAGUACUAAAGCUAAGUGACUGCAUUCCUGACACCCUAGCACUGGAUAAUGAAGAUGAAGCCAAAAAAUUCCCUCCACGGAGCCUGAUGUCUUCAAUGCCAAUAGAAGAUAAGACUGAUGACCAGAACCCUUCCUCAUUUUAUCAUAACAAAAAUGAAGAGAGAAGCCUUACAUUCACACCUACACCUCAGACUCAUACUUGGUUUGAAAAUUUUGCUUAUUCUUCUUAUCUUGCUGUUGAAACCAAUCCCUAUGAAACACCAGGAACACUAGAAACUGUGAAGGGAGAACUGUCAGCAGUGCUGUACCAGCCACAGUACUACCUCAAUAUUUUGAAUGAUGCUUCUACCUCAUCACCUGGAGAAGCAGCUGGCAGGAUGACCAACCUGAGAUACAUUUCACAGACAGACGUACACUGCAUUGGAAGGAGGCUUUGAUGUACCCUCUUUGAAUCUGUCUGUUGGUUGUGUUAUGAAAUAGAAACAGGAAUUUCUGCAGGCUCAGCAUCUCUUUCCAAUACAGGCUUUCACAAGCCCUGAUGUCCUACCCCUGUUAUCUCUGCAAAGCUGUUAAUUGAUGACAAGUUCAAGAAUCCUGGCUUUUGCAGUGGAAUGCUGCAUGCUAUAUAUAGUAUGAUCAGAAAUUACUGGCUCUAAGAUUUACAGGCCGAUGUUUUACAGCCUGUAAUGCACAGUGGGAGCAUUUUCCCAUCAGGGCAGCUAGUUGUUGAGGAGUUACCAACAUACUCAUAGUGCCCAUAGCCUUUUUUGGCAUUAACCCUUGCAUGUAGCAAACUCCAGACCACGUAAGUAGACAUGAGUCAGGUGCAGUUAUAUUAAUGCCCUUUGAGAAUAAACAUAUUCAGGCACUCUCUCA